UUAAUAGAAUGUGAAUUAUUCAGCACAGCUUUAGCUUAACUCUCGCUUGAAUCGGGUCGUAAAAAUUAAAAUGCUUCGCUAUUUAACAGUUAUUUUGGUAAACUGUUUAUUGUGGCUUUCCAUUGAACACGCUUGCGGUGAAUAUUUCGAUUCGAAUACGAUUUGUGAUUGCAAUUGUGAUGUGCAGGUGGAUGUCGUUAGAACGUUCCAUCAAGAAUUGCAAACUAUGCGAAAGCGAGAGGAUGACAUCUUGAGGGAAAUAUCGCUGGUUCAAACAAAAUUGCAAUCGGUCGACAAACACAAUGGUGGUGGAAAACCGAAGCCUUCAAGCUGUGUGGAAGCAGCAGCGGGGAGCUUCAAAAGUGGCAUAUACAAUAUAAAAUUGGACAAGUUUAGUGCCACGCCGUUCGACGUGUUUUGCAACGAGGAGACGGACUACGGCGGUUGGUUGGUUAUUCAGCGGCGCGUUAGUGAUUCCGUGGGUUUUUAUAGGGGUUGGCAAGAGUAUAAGAAAGGAUUUGGGGAGCUGGCUGGAAACUACUGGAUUGGAUUGGAAAAGCUGCAUGCGCUCACCAGCAGUUGUCAGCAGGAACUGUAUAUCGAAUUACAAAAGCUUAAUGGUGACAGUUAUCACGCGCGCUACACGGAAUUUUUAAUCGGCAGUGAAUCUGAGGGUUAUCCUCUUAAAGUGUUGGGCAAUUAUACAGGAACUGCUGGCGAUAGCAUGAUAUUUCACGUGGGUAUGAAGUUUACCACACGCGAUAGUGAUAAUGACAAUGCCCCCCAAGGUAACUGCGCUAUAGAUUACAAAGGUGCUUGGUGGUUCGAUAGGUGCUUUACAAGUCAUCUCAAUGGAAAGAGGAUCCAAGACAUGAACUGGAAUACCUUACGCAAUAUGGAAGCAUUAAAAUCGGCGUUAAUGAUGAUACGCCCUACAGAUAAAUGUUUAAGGCGUCUCUCUCUGAAGAAGGAUUUAUACCAGUAAAAUUGAAUGAUUAAAGCUACUGUGCAAUUACUUUAGAAUGAAAUCUCGAAUUGAAUAUUCACCAUUAUUUGACAUUAAAUGCUGACAAGUAUGACAUGCUACCUAUGACAUGACGAUUAUGACACACUCUCAAUAUUGGAAGGCACAAAAGUGCACAUCUUCCCUUCUCUUUCUCGCUCAAUUCACCUGGCUUCGAAAUUUACAAAAUAUUCUCCCGUCAUUUAUUUAUUUUGUGAUUAAAUUUACAACUUCUUGUAAUAAUUUUUUCUCAAAAACGCUACUGAAAAUAAAAAAUUACUACUGAAAGCGUAUAGGUAAAUACCAGAAGGGAAUAACAAAAGAAACAAAGCUUUUAGGCUAUAAACCCGGAUUUAACCCCUUUUUAUAGCACACAUAGUAUGUAGAAUGUUUUGCGUUCUACAUUGUCUUGUUUUCUUUUUCAAAUUUAGCUAUCA